GACGGUCGGGGGCAGGCGCCAUUUUGGCCGUAGAGGUGCUUCUGGGAAGUAGUGCGCUGACCUACACACCUUGCCAGCCUGCCGGGUAUGGCCUCUUCUGCCGGGGCUUUCUAGGUCGAAGUGUUCGCGUCUGCAGCUGUUGCUGCCUUACUCUCCACAGCCUCCAAGGCCUCUAGUCGGGCGGGGGCCUCUGAGCACCGGGCCGCGCCGUCGGUGAUCACAGCGCCGGGAAGGAGGUGACGGGGGCGGCGCGGGGCGCAGACACUCCCCGCCGAGAGCCGCCUGCCAUGGACUCGGAAUAUUACAGCGGCGACCAGUCAGCAGAUGAUGGUGGCGCUACCCCAGUACAGGAUGAACGGGAUUCAGGGUCAGACGUUGAGGAGGAUGUAAAUGAGCAGCACUCUGGAUCAGACCCUGGAAGUGUAGAGCGUCAUUCAGAGAAUGAACCUAGUGAUCGAGAAGAUGGCCUCAACAAAAGACAUCAUGUGACAGACUCUGAGAAUGAUGACCCCUCAAAUCUUAAUGCCAGUGACUCUGAAAGUGAGGAGCUUCAAAGGCAAAAAGACAGUGACUCUGAAUCGGAAGAGCAUGCGGAGCCUCCUGCGAGUGAUUCCGAAAACGAGGGCGUCAGUCACCAUGGGAGCGACUCUGAGAACGAGGGGACCAGGAAGUUACCUGUGAGUGACUCUGAAAAUGAGCAACUGCUUAAUGGGCAUGCGAGUGACUCAGAAAAUGAAGACGUUAGGAAGCCUCCUGCCAGUGAUUCAGAGGUUGAAGAGCUCCCCAAAAGUCCUGCCAGUUACUCGGAAGCAGAGGAUGCUCUAAAACCUCAAGUCAGUGACUCUGAGAGUGAGGAGCCCCCAAGACACCAAGCCAGUGACUCUGAAAAUGAGGAGCUUCCCAAACCUCGCAUUAGUGACUCGGAAAGUGAGGAGCUUCCCAAGCCUCGGAUCAGUGACUCAGAAAGCGAGGGGCCUCAGAGGACUCAGGCCAGUGACUCGGAAAAUGAGGAGCUUCCCAAACCUCGGAUCAGUGACUCAGAAAGCGAGGACCCGCCAAGGCACCAAGCCAGUGACUCGGAAACUGAGGAGCUUCCCAAACCCCGUAUCAGUGACUCAGAAAGCGAGGAUCCCCCAAGGCACCAAGCCAGUGACUCGGAAACGGAGGAGCUUCCCAAACCCCAAGUCAGUGACUCUGAGAGUGAGGAGCCUCAGAAGGGACCUGCCAGUGAUUCAGAAGCUGAGGAUGCCUCCAGACACAAACAGAAGCCGGAGUCUGAUGAGGACAGUGACGGGGAGAGUAAGAGAGAGGACACAGAAGUGCAGACCGACCCCUUUCGUUCGGAUGCCCAUGCAGACAGGAAGCGGUUCAGCAGUUCCGACAGCGAGGAGGGAGAACCAGAAAGGCCCAAGAUUGACAGUGAUGAGGAUGAAGAAAAAGAGGGGGCGGAGGAGAAAGUAGCAAAGCGAAAAGCUGCUGUGCUUUCUGAUAGUGACGAUGAAGAGAAAGCAUCAGCAAAGAAGAGUCGUGUUGUCUCUGAUGCAGAUGACUCUGACAGUGAUGUUAUAUCAGACAAAUCAGGCAAAAGAGAGAAGACGAUAGCAUCUGACAGUGAAGAAGAAGCAGGGAAAGAAUUGUCUGAUAAGAAAAAUGAAGAGAAGGACCUGUUUGGGAGUGAUAGUGAGUCAGGGAAUGAAGAAGAAAAUCUUAUUGCAGACAUAUUUGGAGAAUCUGGUGAUGAGGAGGAGGAAGAAUUUACAGGUUUUAACCAAGAAGAUUUGGAAGAAGAAAAAAGUGAAACACAGGUAAAAGAAGCAGAAGAUUCAGAUUCUGAUGAUAACAUAAAGAGAGGAAAACACAUGGACUUUCUGUCGGACUUUGAGAUGAUGUUGCAGCGGAAAAAGAGCCUGAGUGGCAAGCGCAGGCGUAACCGUGAUGGUGGUACUUUUAUUAGUGAUGCUGACGACGUUGUGAGCGCCAUGAUUGUCAAGAUGAAUGAAGCUGCUGAGGAAGACAGACAGUUGAAUAAUCAAAAAAAGCCAGCACUGAAAAAAUUAACAUUAUUACCUACUGUGGUCAUGCACCUUAAGAAGCAGGACCUUAAAGAAACAUUUAUUGACAGUGGUGUGAUGUCUGCCAUCAAAGAAUGGCUCUCCCCUCUACCAGAUAGGAGUUUGCCGGCACUAAAGAUUCGAGAAGAGCUGCUGAAGAUUCUCCAAGAGCUACCUAGUGUGAGCCAGGAGACCCUGAAGCAUAGUGGGAUUGGACGAGCAGUGAUGUAUCUCUAUAAACACCCCAAGGAAUCAAGGUCCAACAAGGACAUGGCAGGGAAAUUAAUCAAUGAAUGGUCCCGGCCUAUAUUUGGUCUUACCUCAAACUACAAAGGAAUGACAAGAGAAGAAAGGGAGCAGAGAGACCUAGAGCAGAUGCCUCAACGGCGACGAAUGAACAGCACUGGUGGUCAGACACCCCGAAGAGAUUUGGAAAAGGUGCUGACAGGAGAGGAAAAGGCUCUUAGACCUGGAGAUCCUGGAUUCUGUGCCCGGGCAAGGGUCCCCAUGCCCUCGAACAAGGACUAUGUUGUCAGGCCCAAGUGGAACGUGGAAAUGGAGUCGUCCAGGCCUGGUAUUCUUAAAAAGGGCCUAAGCCGAUUGGAAAAGCAUAAGAGGCGAUUUGCAGAACAGAAGCGACUCAGCAGAGUGCACCGUGCUGUCAAGUUCAGCAUUGAAGGCAACAGGAUGCCCCUGUAGGCCUGGCCCUACCAGAGCGUGUCCGGGAGGUAUCCCCAAGGAAGCAUGCUCUGUGCAUGGGCUUGAGUUGUCAGCAGCUAGAGUGAAAACAAGUGUGUGUGUGCUUUCUUAACCAGAAAAGGCCAGGACCACUUUUAGUUUAUGAAAUAAUGACUGUAACAGGCACUUAGUGACAUUGUAGUCCUCUUGAAUAUUGAGAAAUUGAUACGGGAUUCCCUUCCUUUAUCAGUAUCCUAGAGACUAAUAGGUAAUUACCUCACGGCUAGGCAUUUUGGUCUUUCUGACUGGUACCCUUUUUAUUAAAAAGGUUUCUGUUAGGGCCUGGAAUCCUAGUGGUCGCCCUUACAGGCAUGCAAAUUGGUUAGUAACGUCUUGGUGAAAGGGAGGUGGCUUCUUUUCCUGUUGUCAGUGGCUCAGUAACUGCACUGAGGGCUCAUUGCAUAAAGCCUGACACUGAAUAUUUAGGAGAUAAAUUUAAUUAACACGUAUUCAGUUCAUGGUCGGAAAUGCAGAAGACCUGGAAACAUUCAUAAAGCCAGACUCACUGACCUGCUGUGCUCAGAGGUUAACGGUGGCGCCUCUGCGGCAGUGCCCUCUCGAGCAUCUGUCUGAGUGUGUUGCCCUCCUUUCUGACUCCUCCGUGACCCCUGCUUUGGCAGCUAUUUCCACGGACACACUUAGGUUCCUGCCGUUUCACUUUGUUGUUAAGCUACUAUCAAAACAAAGCACACAGUCUUACUUAAUGAGAAUAAAUUAAGGGUAGAAGAGCACUGGUUCAGUGCUAAGAAUUUCUUCAUCUCUACUUCCUUCCCUUUUUUCUUCCCACCCCCCCUUUUUUUGGCCACACCUCGGGGCUUGCGGGAUCUCAGUUCCCCGACCAGGGAUUGAACCCUGGGCCACGGCAGUGAAAAACGUGAAAUCCUAACCACUAGGCCACCAGGGAAGUCCCCUUCCUCCCUUUUUUCUUCUUUCUAUUUCUGUGUCCCUUGAUAUCCCUCCUUCCCCCCCGACCACCCCUGUUUAUCUUUACCUUUACUUUUCUCACUGUCUCUUCCAUCCUUUUAUUCCUCUCUUUCGUAACACAUUUUCUUCCCCAGCACGCUAUUUUGAGAAUCAAGAACUAUAAUAGGGCAGUGAAAAAUGUAAUAAAAAAUCCUAGUGGCCAGUCUUGUUUGGAAGGGCAUGUGCCUGUCUGCUGGUGUUGCUGGUUCUGAUCCCACCCUCCCUGUAGGUGAUGGGGAGGUGGGCAGAGGUGGCCCAGCCUGUUGCUAGAGCGAGGGGUGACCAGCGUGGCGAGAGGGGAGUUCAAGCAGAGUUCUUCUCCAUCCCCAGCACUCCCCAGAUCAAAACGGGCUGGUAUUUAUCUUGGCCUGUGUCUGGCUUAUAGAGCUCUGUCAAAAAAAGAAAAAUAAUAAUAAGGCAUGUUUUGGGGGCUGGUAGUCCCAUGUUACAUUUCAGUAAAUUGUCCUUAAACCACCUGACACUGUUUCCGUAUUCAAGAAGAUUCCUUACAUAUUCAUUCAAGGCUUUCACAUUGCACAGACACUAAUGAGUGUUACUAGAAAACAU